AUGGCUGGGUUACUUUCUAGAUCAUUGCUUCGUGCAGGAACCUCAAUUGCUCCUAAACAAACUUAUUCUACUCUUCGAAAUUCUACUCGGGCUCAGAAUCUUUCCCAGAGGAUCUAUGCUCAGGCGUCACUGAAAUCAUACCCACGAACUUUCGCUACCUCCCCCCAGAAGCAGCAAUAUCGCACCCAUACCUACGACAGUGGCGACGGCAAUCCUCCGGUUAAGAUCCAGAUACAAGAGCCUCCCUCUUUCUUCAAACGGUCUUUCCAUUUUAUCGGCCGUGUUCUUGGUGGAAUCCUAAUUGUAACUUUCGGCUCCGUUAUCGCUCUCGUUAUCUACGAACCCGAUAUGAUUGUUGCAACUGAGGUUGUCCGUAUGGCCAUGCACCCAGAAGAAGGUGUCUCAGACGAGAGGACCCUCCAAAUCGAGGCCUACAUCCAGAACCAUCCUAUUGUCCAGAAGUUUCGUGAUGAUCCAUCUCUCAUCGAGACCAGACCUCAUCUCGAUAUCCCUACUCUUCUUCGCCCAAAUGUCCUUACUGCUGGUGUUUUAACCGGUCCGGAUAGGAUUGCCGUCCCUCCUUUGGUCUUCGCAGAUGGCGAGGGAAAGAAACUAUACGCUAUCCUGCACGUUGGUGAGCAGCUGUGCGGCCAUCCUGGUGUCGUCCAUGGUGGGCUAUUGGCUACAUUGAUGGAUGAGACCUUAGCCCGCUGUUGCUUUCCCGCGCUUCCGAACAAAAUCGCCAUGACCGCCAACCUGGAUGUCAAUUAUCGUGCCCCCUGUAAAGCCAACCAGUUCGUUAUCAUUAAGGCGGAAACCACUAAAGUCGAAGGACGAAAGGCUUGGGUCUCCGGUAGACUCGAGUCGCUCCCAGCCCCUGGCGCUGACGCAGACGGUAGACUUUUGGUCGAGGCAUCAGUUUUGAUGAUUGAGCCAAAGAACAUCGGAGUACUUAUGAGGGAAGUCCCCAACAAGGAUUCAGUGUCGGCUUCCCCACGUGCGGCGGUUAGAGGCGCCUAA